CAUGAAUGCUUAUUGUCUAUUGGACCAUCAUCAAUAUGGUAAGAUUGUUAUCCGCAUUGAACCGAUGCCGAGGACCGCGAUGUCGUAUUUGCCGACCCGAGUAGCAUGCGGGGAGUUGGAGACCCCCACUACGUAUUCCUUACAAAGCAGAAGGAUAGUUCUUAUCUGCUUGCCUUGAAGCUCUUUCCUUCUUGCUGUAUAUAUCUACAUAUUCAGUGUCCAAGUUACCCAACGAAACCAUGCCUCUAACAUCAGAUCUUACACUCAAUGCGGCCAAGUUUGACCCCGCAUCUAAUUCAAAGCAGACUUCGGCGCUUAAUGAAGCAUUGAUCGCAAAGCUUGAGCAGGGCCCAAAAUGGUUCGAGGUUGGAGCCGCAAAGUAUCGAGAGAUGCGAUGGGCUGGGGAGACUGCUCUUCCGGCACCAACAAUGCUUCCUGAAGCAAUUGAUAUCACUAUUCUCUCACGCGAAAAUGGUCGAGAUAUUCCUUGCCGUCUGUUUUUUCCUUCCGGAAGGAAAAGCGAAGCAGACCAGAAGAAGUGUAAAGGGGUGGUUAUGCACAUUCAUGGCGGUGGAUGGGUGCUUGGAGAUCAGAAAUCUAAUGAUGACCUCCUACAAUUCUACGCGGAAGUGGGAGAUCUGGCUGUGGUGUCCGUAGGGUACAGGAAGGCUCCAGAAGAUCCUUUUCCCAAAGGUCCACAGGAUUGUUUCGAUGCAGGUGACUACUUGGUGAAGAAUUCUGAAAGUCAAUAUGGAGGCCCGUUGAGAUUUAUUGGUGGAGAGUCUGCUGGUGCUCACUUGUCCUUGCUUGCGACAUUUCACCUCUUGAAGCUCCAUGCAGAUCUCAAACUUUCGGGUUUACUUCUGCAUUAUGGAUGCUAUGAUCUCUCAUGGCUGCCCUCCGCAAAAUUGUUCAAUAAAUCUCUCAUCCUAGACCAGGAGAUCAUGCAUCACUUCACGGCCGCAUUUCUGCCGGGCAUGUCCUUUGAACAGAAGCAGGAUCCAUCCGUGUCUCCGCUCUACGAAAAUCUCGAGAACUUUCGCGGCAGAUUACCAAGUGCCUUGUUUACAAUUGGCACAGAAGAUCCAUUGUUGGAGGACUCUGUGUUUAUGUCAACGAGGUGGCUUAUGGCGGGCGGUCAUGCUAUCUUGAAAGUUUACAGCGGAGCUCCCCACGGAUUCAACCGAUUUCCCAAGCAGGCAUUGAAAGAGGCAGGUGAUGCAGCAGAUGAUACCGAAGCUUACAUCAAAGAGCGACUAGAGCAAGUGUGAUCAUAUCGACGGUAGCAUACAGUGUGGUUCAUGAAAGAUAGGAUCACCUUUAUCAGUUACUCAGUAGUACGUCUCCUCUGCCGUCUUACAUUGAAACUGAACCUGAAGUGGCCAUGCCGGCCAGGGAACCACAUGAUCUAGCCAUUAGAGUUUAUGACAUCAAUUCAACCUCGAUCCAGCAUAGGUUGUUUCUUCUCAGAU